GUCCCCUCUGCGCUCAGAGCAGAGCUCUGGGGAAGGAGCGGGUCUGCGGCUCUCCCCCCGGAAGGAGGAGCCUGGGGACGCGCACAGCCGGGGGCGUCCCGCGGCCGCAGACCUGACCCCGCUGGACCUCAGCCACCUGUCGACCCGGGGCGACCCCGGCCACAAGGACCUGGCCGCCUCCUUGCGGGCGUCCCUGGCCGUCCACCUGUGUCCCUACUGCAGCCACCAGACCUACUACCCCGAGGUCCUGUGGAUGCACCAGCGCGUCUGGCACCGGGUCAGCUGCACCUCUGUGGCCCCCCAGUGGGUCCAGCCCAACGGUCACAGAAGCAUCAGGAACAACCUGGUGUUCCUUGUCCGGAGCGGACGCACCGGCCCCCCGCCCGCCCUCGGGGGCAGAGAGUGCCAGCCGCUGCCCAUCGCCCGCUUCACACGCACUCAGGGGCCGGCCGGGGCGCCGGGGCCCAGCGGCAGCUGCUCACCCACGGCUGGGGUGGCACGGGCCACCGGCACGCCUCGGAGCAGGGAGGGCCACCCCGGGGGCCCCUGCGCACUCUGGACGGCCAGCCCCGAGGGGCCUCGGCAGACCAAGCCUGGCCACGGUCCCGAGCAACACGGCUCCCCGGCCCAGCUGCCCCCACACAGGCCCAAGCAGGAGGCCGGCCCCAGACCCGGGUCCGCGGGCGGUGGCUUCAGCAGAAGUGCCACGCCCACACCCACCGUCAUCGCCCGUGCAGGCUCCCAGCCCCCAGCCCCCGGCCGGCUGGGGGAUAAGUAUGUCGUCCCACCGGCGGGGGCUGGCGGUGGCCCCCCAAGUAAGCACAGUGUCCUGGAACCACUGAAAGCCAAAUUCAGCCCUCAGCCUCUGGGUCAGCUGCAUGCGAAGGGCGACGGCCUGGCCCUCCCCGCCUCCACGGCUGGCCCGGGCUGCCGGGGGGACACGGCUCUGCAGACCCCACCCACCCCACAGGCCGCCCGGCAGGAGCCGCCCGGGGGCCACGAGAAGCAUGUGGACAUCCUCAGCAUUUUCAAGACAUGCAUCCCCAGGGACUUCACCACGCUCUACCAGAGCUGGGGCGCCAGUGGCUCUGCACGAGAGCACAGAGGGACGCCCCGGACGCAGGCCCGCCCGGGAGACUUCGUCUGCACCGAGUGCGGGAAGCGCUUCCACCAGCCCAGCCACCUCCGCGCCCACAUGCGGGCUCACUCAGUGGUGCUGGAGUCCAGUGGCCCCCGAGGUGCUGACGUCCUGGCCCCCUCCGCUGAUGCCCCCAACCAAGGGAGAGACCGUGCUAGCACAGACGCCGUCCUGACAGAGUCUCUCAGGAAGGGGACCUAACGCCCCACGCCGGCCGCGAGCCACCCACCCAGCCAUCCCGACAGACAGCGACCCUGCCCGCCCCCCGAAGAGCAGCGGGAACACUCCCGACCAGACACCGCCACCCCGGAGCGGGGACCGGGGGCGCCUCUGCUGGCCCGGCUUUGCAGAGCGAACGGACGCUGCGCGGGGAGCUCCGAGCAGGUGCCCCGCGAGUGUGCGUGCUUGUCAGCCACCGUGUGGCUCCGGGCGGCGACGGCGGUGACGGCGGUGACGGCAGGCGCGCAGGGCAUCCGUGUGGUCAAGACAAGUUUGAGACACUGGAAAAGGGUCUUGUGUGUGGGGACAGCACGUGGCCCGAAGCGCUGCGAGAGAAGCCACCGACACGCAGACUGUCCGGGCCCGGCGCGGCGCUAGCCCGGCCCCCGCCCUGCUCGGCGGGCGUUCACGCCGUGAAUGGGGCGUGCUCGGUGCUGUGCGAGCCAGGCUGGGGGCAGGGGGCCGGCCACAAGACCCUCACUAGUCCGUGGUUCGUGGUUCGGUCGCGUCCCCUGUCCCCUGGGGCCCGUUGCGCUCUCCACGUGCUCCACCCGCAGCUCACCCCGUGCUCGGUGACUCGGCCGAGGACGCCGGCUGGGGGUGCUGCUGUCCGCGGGGGGCUGGGGGGAGAGCGCUGGCCAGCGCCGGGGGUUGGGGGCGCUCUCUGUUCUCAGGGCCUUCGUGACAGGGCUGCGCCUGCAGGCCACGCACAAAGGGGACACCCGUCUCCACGGCCACCCAGCCAUUGCACCCCCGGGUCUGGGCCCAUGUCAGUCACGGCGGGAGAAUCCCUGGGCAGAUUUGGCCCCAGACCACCAGGGUGCCAAGGCUCUGGACUCCUCUGCCCCCACCUCCCUGCAGCCCCCACCUCCCCGUCCCCCCGUCCCGGCAGCACCUCGGCAAGCAGGUGUGUCCUUCGUGGGCCUGGCGCCCUCCACAGGUGGGGCACCUCUGUCCCCAGAGCGUGGAGGCCCCCAGGCCCUGGGAGCCGGUGGCCACAUAUACCUCUUCCUCAGUCACGCAAAUGCAAGUUUCUGUGGUGGGGAUUAAGGCCCAAAACAAAGGAUCUUAAACCUGCGGCGUGCGCAGUGAACGUUGUACUCCACAGAUACAAAUGUUCCCUUGUCCUAGCGCCGUGACACCAUGUGUGACGGUGAUAUUUCUGAGAGUUUCAGAGUUUUGCACAUAUGAUUUUAUGCAUUAUCAAAAGUUACUGCUGCCUUGAAUGGAAAUGUUCUGUGAAAUUUUUUGCAAAAGCUUUACUAGGUUUUUUUUUAAUUGUGAAAUUUUGUAAAGGCAGGAAAUGGAUUAAAAUAAGCAUGCUAAAUAUAUUUUUCAAAAAAGCAAUAAUUUUACAUGUACAGAAAUUAUCUUAACCUUUAAUACUGGUGAGAGCGACAGUUUACUCAAUGCAGUAAUAGAUUAUGCAGUUUUUGUAGAAAAUGGGCUUCUGAUACAAAGACGUGUUUAAACACACACACACACACACACACACACACACACAAACAAACACCCACCCACACCCUAGAGUGUGGUUUUUUUUGUUCUGACGAUUUGUUGAAUUAUUUUAUUAUUAUUGUUGUUAUUGUUAUUAGUUAAUGUUUGGUUCUGGAUUCUACUUGUUACUGAGUUGAAAUUACUUGACGGUUCGGGUUACUUUGUGACACUUGCAAACAAUGCAAUGUACCCGACUAGCUUAUGUACACACACACACACACACAUACACGUACUCAUGUACACACACCCGUGUGUAUGUGUGGACACCCAGUUUUUCUUAACUCGGUGUCCCCUGAUGUUCUUACGACACAC